AUGGCUGAUAAUACCGAUGUUCCAUACUCACCUCCGCAAUACAUUGUCAGCCGCUCCGUGCUUGACCGCGAGCAGCUUAUCUCCGAAUUUGAAUCUUUCAAACAGUCGCUUCACUAUGUUUCACGGGCGCCAGAGGUGGUUUUUGAGCGGCUGAUUGGAAAUAUAAACGAGACUAUCCUCUCGCGACUUAGCAAACAACGCGCAGCUCAGCUCGCGGAACGCCGGGAACUGGAAAAAAGUAAUGAGGCACUCAAGGCAAGGGUGGCGGGUUUCGAGGCGAUUACCUUGCGAGAAAAGGACCAGCAUGCGGGGCGGCUUGCGGAGCUUCAGGAACUUGGAAAAACGAAUACUGCACUCAAAGAAAAUGUGGCAAAUCUCGAGACGAUUACCACACGACAAGAAAAGCAAUGUGCGACUCAGCUCACCGAGUUUAAGGAACUUGAAAGAAGUAAUACUGCGCUCAAGGAAAAGGUGGAAGCACUGGAGAACGUUGAAAGGACUAAUGCCGAGCUCGAGGAAAAGGUGAAAACACUGGAGAACGUUGAAGGGAUGAAUGCCGAGCUCAAGGAGAUAGUGAGAGCUCUCGAGGAGAAGGUGGAAGUUCUCGAGGCGGAGAUUCGACCUUUCAGGGCGGCGAGAGAUUUCAAAGACGAGAUGAGUCGGGGGUCUUUCCGCACAGCUUUGGUGAAGGCCGCGACGCAGUUCAAACAAAUGUCUUGA